UCCCAAGUAGCUGGGGUCACAGGUGUGCACCACCACACCCAGCUGAGCUCACUCUUCAUGACUUCUCCUCUCACUAGUUCUUGUGACUUCACCUCCUACCAUUGACAUCUCUCUUUCUACAUCUGACCUCCCCUCCCACUCCCCACACCAAAACUGACCUCAGCAUCCUCCAAACCUCUUCUUCUCUUGCUUCCUCAGCUUGGGGACAACGCUGUUGUCCACUUGGCCACUGGGCCUGAGCCUGGGACCCAUCCUGACCCUCCUCUUCUUCCCACGUCCUGCCUGUCUGGUCCGAGCCCUCCAUCCUCUGCCACCUGGUCCCUGCUUGGCCCCUGCCCCUUUCUCCUGGAUGCCCAGCCUGUCUCUCUGAGGCCAUCCUGCCCCCUCUCUGCCUUCCUUCGGAGUGCCCCCCUGCCCCCCCUGCUCCCUCACUUCCUGUGUACACCAUACUCUUCUACAUUCCUUCUCUGCCCUGGCCACCUUCUAGCUCUCCUGACCUGAGGAAUAAGUGGGACCCAGCGAGGCUCCCUCCCCCAUUCAGGAAGCAGAUCCAUCCCCCAAUCCGGGCCUGCCAUGGUCUUCUGCAAACAGUCGGAGGCUGGGAGUGGGAUCUGCCUGGGGUUGGCCAGCCCAGCCCGAGAGGGAAGUGGGCUGGAAGGCCAGCGGAUUGCCCAACAUGCGGCCUGGGGAAUCUGCUGGGUCAACAGGUUUGGAAAGGGGAAGUGGUGGGGGAAGGAAGUGGACGAUGGGCUUGUCCUCCCUGCCACACUCCCUGAGCCCCAGCCUCCGGGACCCUUGGUUCUCACUCACUGGGCUGCUCUUUGAACCUGGGUCCCCCAGGCCAGGGGCCAGAGCCACCCCCAUCAGUGCCAUGUGACUGACCUCUGCGCCUCGCAUGACUAGGGGCCAGGAGCUUGUCCCUCUGGACCAGAACCACCCACCAGCAAGGUAAUGUGUCUGGACCCCAAUGGAGAACGAUUCGCUCAGCUACCCCUACGAGUACGGGGACUACAGUGACCUUCUGGAUGUCCCCGUGGACUGCCCGGACGGCGCCUGCCUCUCCACCGACACGAUCCGCGUGGCCCCUCUGCUGCUGUACUCUGCGGUCUUCCUGCUGGGCGUGCCGGGCAACGUCAUGGUGGCCUGGGUGGCGGGGAAGGAGGCCAGCCGGAGGGUUGGGGCCACCUGGUUCCUGCACCUGGCCGUGGCCGACCUCUUGUGCUGUUUGUCCCUGCCCAUCCUGGCGGUGCCGAUCGCCCGGGAAGGCCACUGGCCCUACGGGGCCGCGGGGUGCCGGCUGCUGCCCUCGGCCAUCCUGCUGUCCAUGUACGCCAGCGUCCUGCUGCUGGCCGCCCUCAGCGCUGACCUCUGCCUGCUGGCCCUCGGGCCCACCUGGUGGGCAGCGGCUCAGCGGACUCGUGCCGUGCGGGUGGCGCAGGGCGCGGCCUGGGCGCUGGCCUUGCUGCUGACCGCGCCCUCGGCGCUGCACCGCCGCCUGCACCAGGAGCACUUCCCCGCCCGGCUCCUGUGCGUGGUGGACUAUGGGGGCUCCGCCGCGGCCGAGGGCGCCGUGACCGCCCUGCGCUUCAUCUUCGGCUUCCUGGGGCCCCUGGUGUUCGUGGCCGGCUGCCACGGUGCCCUCCUGUGCCGAGUGACCCGACGCCACUGGCCUCUGGGCGUGGCGGUCAUGGUGGGGUUUUUCGUCUGCUGGGCCCCCUACCACAUCCUGGGGCUGGUCCUCACCGUGGCUGCCCCAAACUCCACGCUCCUGGCCCGGGCCCUCCGCGCUGAACCCCUGGUCGUGGGCCUGGCCCUUGCUCACAGCUGCCUCAAUCCUAUGCUCUUCCUAUAUUUUGGGCGGGCUCAACUGCGACGGUCACUGCCAGCUGCUUGUCACUGGGCCCUGAGGGAGUCUCAGGAUGAGGAGGAAAAUGCAGUAAGCAAGGUAUUCACCAGUCAUGAUCUGGUGUCAGAGAUGGAAGUGUAGGCAAGAGGGACAUUGGCUUUUUAAUCUUCUAUUCCAUUUCACAAAUAGCUUCAGGCAAAGCUGGAUCCAGGAGUUUCAUUUUCUCCAUUCAUUCAAAGAACAUUCAUAGGCCCUUGCUGUAUGCCAGGCCCUGAUAUAGGCAUCAGGGUACAGUAGUGACCAGGACAGACACAAAUUCUGCACUCAGAGAGCUGAUGUUGUAAGGGAGGAAGACAGACAAUAAGCAAAUAAAUGAACAUGGAAUAUGGGAAGGGUGAUAAGUCUAAGAAACCUAAAAGAGACAAACGGGACUGGAUGGGGCAGGAGAUGUCAGUCAAAAAAGGUCUCUGGGGUAAGGUGAUAUUUGAGCCCAAACCUACACAAGGGGAGCAGGAGUUGUGCUUAUAACUGGGAGAAAAUUGUUCCAAGCAGAGGAACCAGCAGCAUAUCAUGUGUAAAGGCCCUAAGGUGGCUGGAGGCAGAGCUCAUGGCAGAGCACUUGCCUAGUAAGUCCCAGGAAAUAUUUUGGCCCUACUUAUACUAAAAAUUAUUUGUUGUUUAUCUACAAUUCAAACACAGAGCACUCAGUAUUUUUUUCCAAGUUCCCUACUCUGAGUGUCUUGACUGACUUAGAUUUUAAUAAAACCCCUCUCUGGUUGCUGGUGGAGAUGUCUAGAGAAGGAAGCAGGAAGUAAGGAGCCAAGUGAGGAGGUUACUGCAAUAGUCCAUGCAAGAGGUGGUCAGGGUGGUAGAGCAGAGGUACUGGGAGGCUAUUUUGACAAAAGGCCAUGUUCAAACUCCUUGGCUUGGCAUUCGAGGCUUCUCUCCACCACUUCCACUCUAGCUUCUCAGACCCCAUAGGAGGCAGAAUAAUGGCUGCCAGUGUUGUGCACAUCCUAAUUCCCUGGCGCUGUGAAACCCUACAUUGCAAAAGGGACUUGCAGAUGUGAUGAAGUUAGGGAUGGGGACAUUAUUCUGGCCUGUCCAGGUGGGCCCAAAUUCAUCACAAGGGUCCUUUAAAGAGUAAAGUAGGAGAUCUGAGUCAGUAGCAGAAGAUGUGAUAACCAAAGCAGAGCCUCCAGUGACAAGAGGAAGGAGCCACAAGCCAAGGAAUGCAGGUGGCCUCCAGAAGCUGAAAAAAGUCAGGGACAGAUUCUCUCCCAAACUUCCAGAAGGAAAGCAGACCUGCCAACACCUUGACUUCACACUUUUGACUGCCAACAUCUUAAGAGAACAGGUCAUAUUGUUUUCAGUGGCUAUGUUUGUUACAGCAGCCACAGGGAGCUCAUACAAACUGCCUGGGCUGUCUUAUUUUCGUGCCUCUGGGCCUUUUCUCAAGCUGGCACUGCUGCCUGGAAUGCCUGUCUCAUCUAUGCUGCCUGAUUUGGUGAUCACAAGUCACCUAUGACUAUCCAAAUUAAAAUUAAUUGCAGUUUAAAA